AUGACUAGUUCGGAUAGCGUAGUUAUCGGCGCGGUUGUGCUUGCGAGGCACGGUGACCGUUACGGAUUUUAUCAGGAUCCCGAGACGUACACCGUAACUGCAACGAACAUUACGCCGCUGGGGGAGCAAGAGGAAUGGCAGCUGGGCAAUCUGCUGCGCUCGAUCUAUCUCAAUGCCUCCUCGCCUUCGUACAUUCAAGGAAUCUCCCCGAUCGGCUCGACGUUCAACGUCAGGCAGGUCGAAGUGUACGCCGACGAUAGCGGGAUCGACAGUGUGAUCAUGGACAGCUGUGCGGCUGCUGUGCAAGGACUUUGGCAGCCUACGCCGCUCGAGAACAUCACACUGGCGAACGGGUCUACCAUCACCAGUCCACUCGGCGGGUACCAAUAUGUCCCAAUCAACUCGGUUGACCCCGACACCGACUAUACCCUGGAGGGAUUCACCGACUGUAAUACAUUGACGCAGAAGACAACCGAGUUCUAUAACUCUACUAUGUUCAAGCAAAUGGCCAGCGAAAACGCUGCAUUCCUCCAAGACUUGGUACCAUAUGUCGGAGGCCGCUCCGUUCAGCUAUCGAACAUGUGGAAUAUAUUCGACUACAUGAACACCCAGUCGAUCCAUAACGCGACGUUCCUCAAUUUAUUACCGACCGGGUACCUGGAAAAAGCACGCAUUCUCGUCAACUGGCACGAAUACAACAUCUUCAGCGAUCCCUCCUUCACUGGCGUUGGGAACGUCGCCUUUCAAACGAUGCUUCCUGGCGUGAUCGACGCCCUCGACAGGGUUGCGAAUGCGUCGGACCCGCUCAAGCUCGGCUACUACACCAUCAACUACAAGCCGCUCCUGAGCAUGUUCAACAUGACGGGUGUCGUCAACAGCGGCGAGCUCCCCGCCGCGCUCGUGGACUACGCCGCGGCGGUCGUCCUCGAGGUGCGGCAGACGUCCGGGUCCUCGGAGCCGCUCAUCCGGUUCCAGUUCAAGAACGGCACCGCAGAGGAGGACUUCAGCACCUACUCGAUGGUCUUCGACGGCUGGGACGGGUCCGGCGACGUGCCCAUGUCCACGUUCCUCUCCGCGUUCGGGCCCGCGGCCAUCAACACGACGGCGGACUGGUGCAACGUCUGCGGGCAGACCACGCUGCGCGGGUGCUCGGAGGCGCUCGCGGCCGCGGCCGAUGCGAAUGUGCACUCGGUGCACCAGAAGAUCACGCCUGUCGGCGCGGGAUUCUUGGGUGCGGGCCUGACGGCGGCGGUGAUGCUUAUGGGGCUGGGUGCGCUGCUGCUGUUGGGUGUGUUGACGUUGGGGGCGGGUAAGUUCAGUAGACGCAGUGCGGGUCAACGGGGCACGCCGAGUGGGUCCAUGGUCGGAUACCACAAAAGUAGGCCAGGCGACGUGGAGCUCGCUGGUCCUCCGUCUGAGGUAAUUGAGUUAUCCUCCUUUGAGAGCUGGCGAUUCAUGGUGGCUGAUAUGUUCUUUCCAGGCAAACUCUCUGGCGCAACUCACGAAGCAUGA